AUGAUUGCCAACCAUUACUAUCCAAAUGAUGGACUGGUAUCGCAUGUGGAUCUGGUGAAUCGAUUUGCAGAUGGGAUAGUUGUGGCGAGUAUCAGCGGCUCAUGUAUUAUGGAGUUUUCACCAUCUGAUAAUGCCAAUCAAAACCAUCAGCCAAAAGUCAAUCAAAACCAUCACCAACCAGCUGGCACGAUUGAAAUGUUUCUUCAACAAGGAGAUUUGAUUGGACUUUCUGGUGAAGCUAGAUGGGAUUGGAAACAUGGUAUACCUGUACGACUAAAUGAUCAAUGGCAAGGAGAGAUAUAUCCUCGAACGGAACGAAUCUCGGUAACACUGCGUAGACUACUGCCUCAAACGGACGAGUCGUUUUGA